CUGAGGCUGACUACUACCUCACAUUCCUCGACCUGUAAACAAACAACACAGCUCGUCCCUCCUUACUACUGGCGUCUCUUACCUACUAUCUCUGACAGCUCUACCUACUCUCUCAGGAAUGACCUUAUGGCUCCCAUUGUAAAAACUGAUCUGGGUAUAAAGGAGAAUAAUAACACUAUCCUUUUUAAUGAGUCCAAGGCAGAACUCUUCAAACUAAGUGAUGGAUACAAGAUUCUUCAUCACAAACUAAAGACACAAUGGAAAGUUCUCAGCAACCGUGAUGACCUGACAAAAGAAAAUUUGGGUCAGGCAAGUGUAAUUGUUUUUGCCUGUCCCCGGCAAAGGUUAACUGAAGUUCAAUUUUCUAUUUUACGGCACCAUGUGGAAGAUGGAGGAAGCCUUUUUGUCAUGGCUGAAGAAGGAGGGGAGAAGAAGGCCAACACAAAUAUUAAUUUCCUUUUAGAGGAGUAUGGCAUAGCUGUGAAUAAUGACUCGGUGGUGCGGACUUGCUACUACAAAUACUACCACCCUAAAGAAUGCCUUAUUACCAAUGGAAUUCUUAAUCGUGCCAUUUUGGAGGCAACAGGCAAGAAUAUUCCUGGGUUACUUCUAGAUGACACUCUGCCAAGCAGGUCAAUGUCCUUUGUUUAUCCAUUUGGGGCCACUCUCAAUGUUGCUCGCCCUGCUGUUGCUGUCUUGUCUACAGGCAGCAUUUCUUUUCCUCUGAACAGACCAGUGUGUGCCUUUUUUGAGCACCCCAGAAGCCAUGGUCGAGUGGCAGUUUUGGGGUCAGCUCACAUGUUCACUGACCAGUACAUUGACCGUGAAGAGAACAGCAAAAUCAAGGAUGUUAUAUUCCAGUUCCUCACGGCCAAAGAUUUCAAAUUAAACCAGAUUGAUGCUGAUGAUCCAGAGGUCUCUGACUACAAUAUGACACCAGAUACUGCAUCACUGGCAGAGAGUCUGCGCACCUGCCUUCAGGAGUCUGAAGAAGUACCUACAGAUUAUACACAGCUGUUUCAUACUCAGUUAACAUCAAUAGACAUGCAGCUAGUGCCAGCUGGGAUAGAAGCAUAUAAUAAGCUGAAUGUGAAACAUGAACCUCUGCGCCUCAUCACUCCACAAUUUGAGACACCUUUGCCUCCACUACAGCCUGCAGUAUUUCCUCCUUCCUUCCGUGAGUUGCCACAUCCUUCACUGGAGCUCUUCGACUUAGAUGAAGCAUUUAGCUCCGAGAAAUCAAGGCUGGCUCAGGUGACCAAUAAAUGUAAAGAUGAAGAUUUGGAGUAUUACGUGCGAGAAUGUGGAGAUAUUCUUGGUGUAAUCUCUAAGCUGCCUCCUACAUCAAGGGAUGCUAAACAUAUACUUGAGUACAUCUACACUCAACUUGUAGAAUUCAAGAAAUUGAACCAGGAUCCAGAGACCUUCAGUAGACCCAGAUCUGAGUUGGAAGAUAUCUGAGGGUGAGAUCUUUCACUAACUGUCUGCUUGUUGGCAGGAACACUGUACUGUAUUUAUUAUAACUGUUAUUGCCAUUACAGUAAUGAAUACAGUCUGUAGUAUAAAGACACUUGUGGCUUUUUACUUGCACAAACUACAAAUAAAAUAAUUAAAGGAAAUAAGCACAUGCAGUAUAUUAUACAGGUAUUGUACUCUGAAUCUGAACAAGAUGCAUUGAUAAACAGAAUGUGCCACACCCCAGAAACCAAAUGUCAUUUUGUAUUUAAAGCAGAUUAACACUUACCCCCAAUAUAGGCACAGUAUUGUAUGCUUUAUUGGAGUCGUUUUGAAAGAUCAUGGACUUGAUUUCAUUACAUCUUGUGAAUGAGAUAUUGAAUGUUAUGAUAACAUUCAGAAUUUUAUAUUAAAUUAUGGGAAUGCAUUUUUAAUAUAUAUAUAUAUAUAUAUAUAUAUAUAUAUAUAUAUAUAUAUAUAUAUAUAUAUAUAUAUAUAUAUAUAUAUAUAUAUAUAUA